AUGUGUGCCUCGCCAUCAUCACCUCCAAGUUGGGCAUUGCUGGCCAUCCUCAGCUCAGCCCUUCUCCCAACCACUGCUGCCAUUUGCAAUCGCAAAGUCCUCCUUACAAACAACAAGCCCACUGUGAUUAUCUCGAGAAUCUUCAACCACAUUCUCAGGAUUGACUUUAACCGCACCAUCAUCGACCUGACCACCUGCUCAACCUUCACCGAAGUUGUUCACGCCACCUCCUUCAAGACCUUUAUUGACACCAUCAUAUCCGUUCCCUUCUCAUGGCUCUUCAACGCCAGUCGGACCAUUCAAUACGCUCGACAAGAAAACUGGCCCAUCAUGCCACUUGCUCAGAGAGAUACCCGACACACGCUCCAAGCAGCAGCUGAUACCUAUCUGGACAUGUGGAGCAACAAGAGUAAAGGAGCGCCGGAUGAUUCAUGCAAAGUGGACAUGCCAAGCAACAACACGCAGCCGCCCAACUCUGACCGGCGCCAUGUCAUUGAUGAAAGCACGGGGACUGUCAGCUUCAGGCUGGAGGGGAGCAAGCUGAGAUAUGUGCAUACUAUCACGGUUGCGGACAGUUCCGCGUGGGAGGACGUAUAG